AGAGAGAGAGAGAUGGCCAGUUGGAACGUGCUGCUGCUGCUGCUGCUGCUGCUUGCUCUAGUUGUCAUUCAAACUAGUGCUAGGAAUGCGCCUAGCGAAGCUGCUCUUAAAACCAUCAACAACAACAACAACCAGAAGAGUGGCAAUGUUCCAAGCGACGUGGGUCUCAACGACCAGAAGAACUUCAUCACAUACGGUGGCGUUGGAGGGUUUGCCGGCGUUGGCGGUGUUGCUGGCGUAGCUGGAGGCUUACCUGCCUGUUGCAUUGGUGGUGCUGGCCUUGGUGGAGGUGGCGGAGCCGGCGGUGGAGCUGGAGGACUCGGUGGGCUAGGUGGGCUCGGUGGAGCUGGAGGACUCGGUGGUGCAAGUGGUCUCGGUGGGCUCGGUGGACUCGGUGGUGCAAGUGGUAUCGGUGGGCUUGGCGGUUUAGGAGGCGUAGGUGGCGUGGGAGGUGCAGGUGGCUUGGGUGGUGGAGCUGGUGGUGGUGGUGGUGCUGGAGGUGGUGUUGGUGGUGGUGCUGGUGCUGGUGGUGGUGUUGGUGGCGGUGGUGGUGCUGGCGGUGGUGUUGGUGGUGGAGCUGGAGGUGGAGCUGGUGGUGGUGCUGGCGGUGGUGUCGGUGGUGGUGUCCUUCCUCUUCCUUGA